AUGUUUUGGACUGUGAAACGGACUUUGGUUGGCCUGGCCGCGGCCAUCCUCUCUUUGUCCCUGAUCAUUGUCCUGGCGACCUCGUUUGCUCGGGUAGCCGAUGACGAGAUCUGUCAACUCUUCUAUCCCGAUGGUGGCAAGUUGGUGACUCAAUCAGAACCGGCUUUGGUUUUCAUCGGUCCCAGCUAUGAGAAGUACUGCGUGCCUCGUCACACACUGCACCUACGUUUCGAGUCUGACUCGGAUGAAGGGCUGGAUCGUGUCAUCCAGUCCCGUACCAAGGAGGGCUUGCCCGUGUCCCUCGCCGUUGACGUCGAGUACAAGUUUACUCCCGAGGGCUUGGAGACAUCCAUGCAACGCGUGGGCUUUGCUGAUUACUCCCGCCGCCUGUACAUGGCAGCGCGCGCCGAGGUGCGCAACGUGGCCUCGCUAUUUGAAGUGCAGUCCUUCCUCCGUGGCACGCGCGAGGCCAUUGCAGCUACCAUGCGUGAUAAUAUCGCCCAGACCAUCGUCGAGCGAGACGGCGUCUUGAUCGAUGUGAUUCGCGUCAAUCUCCUAACCGUCAAGGUCCACGAAAGCUUUGAAAAUAAGUUUCAAGAGGUAGAGGAUAUUCUUCUUGCUCACCAGGCUCUCUUCCUGAAUCCCCUCGGAUCCAUACGCGCAGAGCAAAUUGAGGCCGAGGCAGAUCACCGUCUUGCCGUUAUUGAGGAGUCGCGACUCAACGAGACCGACGUCAUCAAUCUGCUGGCCCAGCGUGGCCGACAGAACCAAAGCGCGCACGCCGAAGUCAUCGAAGCAACUCUGGAGCAACAAAGUAGCAUGACCACGGCCCGGACCAAGGCUAUUCGUGAACGCAUUCAGGCCGAAUCAGCCCGGGCCCAACAACUCAUCCGCAAGCAGACCGCGCUGGAGGAAACGAUCGCCGAUCGCGACAUUCAGGUGGCCAAGGCUGAGCGUCAAGUCGUGGCGACACUGCAGCUGGCCGAGACCGAACGCCUCAACAUGGUGACCGAAAUGGAGGGCCAAGUUCGUCGCGCCAUGGCCAACCGCACCCGCGACAUCUCCCAGGGACUGCUCAAUCAGACGCGACGUCUCGAGGGACUGGCGGCUCUCCGCAUUGAUCACGACUUGAGCGUUUUCGAAAUUCGCCUCAACUCCAACGUCAGCGCCCAGCAGACCCGCGAUCGUGGUACUGCUGAUGCUGAGGAUGAGUUUGUACGCAUGCGCACGUCUGCCGAUGCUCAUUUGGCUCUGCAAGCAGCCUUGAAUAUGAGCGAUGCUCAAUUGGCCUCGCUCCUCUGGCAUCGUGGCAUCAGUGCCAGCACCACCAACAAGACCGUCUUCCUCGAUUACGACAAGGUGGCACUGCUCAAUGAGUUUGGUCCGCACAAUACCCAGACCGUGGCCAGCGUUACGCCUUAG